CAGAUGUUCCUUUUCCGCAGGCUAAACGCUGAACCGUUGCUGUCCCCCGGGACCCAAGCAGCAAGCGUGCGACACGGUCCUUCAUAGCAUGUCAUGUCGAGAAACAGGACUUCUGGCCGGGGGGAGCCAUCGUCCAAGCCGGAAUCGAUCACAUUGACGUCAGAGGUCGUCGGCAAGUUCAGGCCGUUCAAAUCAUUCCGUGCGCGAGACAAGACGCAGGCUGCCGUUCAAAGAUCCACGGACUCUGCCCUGCUUAUCACAAAUGCAAGUUUCAGCGAUGACGGCUCCACUGUCGUUACCAGCAGCCAAGAUGACCGGCUGCACUUGUACGAUUGUGCAAAAGGCCUUCUCAAGCAGUCGGUACCAGUCCAAAAGUAUGGCGUAGGCCUCGUUCGAAACACGCAUACAAGGCUCCGGGUCCUUCAUACAAGCACCAAGACGCUCAAUCGAGCUCAGCACCUCGAUCUUUGCAAGCAAAAGUACAUCACAUUUUUCCAAGGGCACGAAGGCAGGGUGACCAGCAUGGAGAUGGCUCCAGACAAAGACCUCUUUGCGACCGCCGCAGAGAAUGACACGGUGCGGCUAUGGGAUCUGAAGGCAGAAGGAGCCGUGGCUUCGGUAAAAGUCCAAGGUCAUCCCCUGGUCGCUUGGGACCCCAUGGGUGUUGUACUGGUCAUUGCUUUCCCCGAGGUCGGCAGCAUUUGCCUCUACGACGUCAAGAAGCUUCAGAACAAGCCUUUCCAGAAUAUCAAAGUCUUUCCCGACAAAGCUGGAGGCGCCACGCCGAGGAUCACCUCGAUUCAAUUUUGUAACCACGGCGAAUACAUGCUCGUCGGCACUGCAGGGAACGUUCACUACGUGUACGAUUCCUUUGGCGGUAAGCGUCUCUUUCGACUGAUAGGUCAUUCGAGCCUUUCCGCAGAACUGGUGGGCUCGUCCGCUGAAUUGCUGGGCCGCGAGCUCGCAUGGACACCCGACGCCAAGUUCGUCUUAGCAGGUGCGUAGCAUGGAUUUGCCAUCUGCACAUUGGCAUGCGGUAUGUGGUAACGCCUCCCUGCCUUUUACUUCCCUUACAGGCUCAGCUGACAGUCGCAUCGCCGCAUGGGAGAUCCCGGAAGUCAAGGCGAUCGAUUUUGUCGAGCCGCGAACCCUGGAGCCUAUCACGAUGCUGCAAGGGCUCAAAGGUUCUCUGCCCUCAGUCGUCGCUUUUAAUCCGAGAACGGCGUGCUUUCUCACAGGAGGUACUGAAACCGCGUUGUGGCUGCCAGACUUGACAAAUCGAGAAGAUGAAGGAUGGAAAAGGUGAAUUGAAGAGAAAAAUGAACUGCUCUAUAUGACAGUACCAUGGCAAGCCCCUUGUAAUGCAUCGAUGUUGU